AUGAGUCAUCCACUGAGCUCAGAAAUACAUAGCACCGUCAGGUUUCUCGCAUCCUUCCCCAUUGAGCGCAUGCCCGAACAUACUGACCGGAAGGUUCGUCGAUCGAACCAGACCUGUGCAUCCCGAUUGCUGCCGUCUAGGCCUGAGCAACCUGGCAGUAUCCCUGCCCUCAUACUUCCUUCAGUUAGCACGGUAGCUAUACGCUGGAAGGGAAGCACGAGAGCUGAAAUACUGCCAGGUUACGCGAGCCAAGACAGGAGCAGUCGAGAUCCAAAGGUUGGCGUAGAAUCACGGACCCUCCGGUCAGUGAGUUCGCGCUUUAACCUCUCACCUAUUCCCAGCUCAACCUGCUGCCGCCUUGACGUGGUGGUGAGUGUUGUAAUGGCCGGAACUUCGUACCACAAAGUGCACCCAGCCAAGAAGGCCAAAGAGGAGCAAUCAGACCAAGAGCAGCGUGACCCUGCACAACGAAUAAUCGUGCCACAAGGCGGUCUGAGGGUGAAGUCGUAUUGUCCCCUGCGAUAG